AUGCGCAUGUUCAGACUGACGGUGAUCACAUAUGGAGGUCAGAUUCAAAUCAAGCGUGCCAACUAUGGUCGUCGUAAACACGAUGUGUGUUCCAAUGGGCGCCCUUAUAACCAACUCACCGACACCAACUACCUCAGCCAAUCCUCCACCAGCAAGAUGGUGCGGUGGGAAGAGCCAGUGUGUUGUCCCGGCAUCCAAUUUAGUUUUUGGAGACCCCUGUGUUGGGACUUACAAGUACCUGGACACCAAAUACUCCUGUGUCCAACAGCACGAAACAACAUCAUAUGUGAAGGCUCUGAUUCCCAACUACUAUGUGAUCGGGGUGAGAUCCAUAUUCAGCGUGCCAACUAUGGUCGUCGUCAACACGAUGUGUGUUCCAUUAGGCACCCACAGGAACAACUCAAAAACACCAACUGCCUCAGCCAAUCUAGCACCAGCACAAUGGCAGAAAGGUGUGACGGAGAGCGCCAGUGUAUCGUCAAGGUAUCCAACUCCGUGUUCGGCGACCCCUGUGUUGGAACUUAUAAGUACUUGGAUGUGGCUUACACCUGUGACUGAAUAAUAUCUUCCUGUGGAACCUGAAGAUGUACAAGGCUUCUGGGAUAUCUUCAUCAGGUUGUGCUGUUUUCCUCCAACUGCC